AUGGAUCCCCUCCGCCUACUCCUCCCUCGCGCCCAGGCCCAGCCCUUGCUUCCGCUCCCCGAUGGCGUCCCAGCGCCGAGCGUUAGGCCCCGCCACGUCCCGCGGCGACGGGCGCGCCGCCACCGCAACGGGGCCGCGCGGAUGCUGCCGGCGUCGGCCGUGGCGUCCGAGUCGCCGUGGACGGAGCAGGAGCCGGCGUCCGGGGAGAAGGAGGAGCGGUUCGACUGGCUGGACCAGUGGUACCCCUUCGCCCCCGUGGAGGACCUGGACCCAGGCGCGCCGCACGGCAAGAUGGUGCUGGGGAUCCGCGUGGUGGCCUGGUACGACCGCGGCGCCGGCGAGUGGGGCGUGUUCGACGACGCGUGCCCGCACCGCCUGGCGCCGCUCUCGGAGGGCCGCAUCGACGACAAGGGCCGGCUCCAGUGCGUGUACCACGGGUGGUGCUUCGACGGCCGCGGCGCCUGCAAGUUCAUCCCCCAGGCCCCCGCGCUCGGCCCGCCAGUGCACACCAACAGCAAGGCAUGCGUUGCGUCCUACCCGUGCGUGGUGCAGAACAAGAUCCUAUGGUUCUACCCGCGCGCCGGGGCCGGAGCACAGGGACGUGCUUCAGAGGAAGCCGCCGCCGUUCAUCCCGGAGAUCGACGACCCCGCCUUCGUCACCUCCUUCCUAGUCAGGGACAUGCCCUACGGGUACGACGUCUUGGCAGAGAAUCUUAUGGACCCUUCUCACGUGCCCUACGCGCACAAAGGCUUGCUCCUGGCCUCCCCCGGCUUGUAGACCCUGGCAGAGUGGAGUACGACAAAGAAGGCGGUGUGCCGAUGGCGGUGAAGGUGGAGGAUUCGAGCGUGAACGGGUUCGCGUCGUCGCAGGGCCCCGGCUACUCCAACUUCGUCGCGCCUUGCACGUACUACGGAUCGCCGGCCUCCAAGAAAUCAGAGAAGAACAAGCCUCACAUCAUGCUGGUGUUCAUCAUCGUCCCGGUCGCUCCGGGGAGGAGCAGGGUGAUGUGGGCCUUCCCGAGGAACUUCGGCCUCUGGCUGCACAAGAUCACGCCGCGGUGGUUCGACCACAUCGGCGUCAACGAGGAGCGCAAUUUCGCUAAGGCGGGCAUCGAGAACUGGCAGAAGAGCGUGUACGUGCCCACAUCGUCGGACGGCACCGUGGUCGCCUUCAGGAACUGGUUCAGGAGGUACUGCAAGUUCCAGGUCGGCUGGGCGGCCCCGACGGUCGACCAGCUGCCGGCGACCCCCACCAAGGACAAGCUCAUGGACAGGUACUGGUCGCACGUCGCGCAGUGCACGAGCUGCAGCGCCGCCCUCAAGGCCAUGAAGGCGCUCGAGGUGGCCCUGCAGGUGGCGUCCAUCGCCGUCGUCGGGCUCCUCGCCGUGGCCAAGGGGACGCUGCUCACGUCCGUCGCCCAGCGGGCCGUCGUCGUGUCGGCGGCCGUCCUCUGCUUCGCGGCGUCCCGGUGGCUCGCUGACUUCAUCCAGAAGAACUUCUAUUUUGAGGACUAUGUCCAUGCUUACAAGUGA